ACUUUGACGUCUUUCAGACAAACAACACUUCUACAUGUGCUUUUGUUAUUCUUGACCAUUUUUGAACAACUCUUGACCAUAAUUAACAUUUAACAUAAUUGUGCAUCUUGACUUUUAAGCUAAAAAUUUAAUAUUUAUAAUACGAUAAAACAAUAAAACGUGAAAAAUGGCAGCAAUUGACUGGAAUCGUGAAUGUCAGAUACUCAAAAAAAUAGGCGAAGGCACCUUUGCAUCUGUUUAUAUUUGUCGUCGGAAGACUACCGGUGAAAAAGUUGUGAUGAAAUCCAUUGGCAUUAGUGACUGUUCGUUUUUGUUAUCAACUGUUCAACGUGAAUAUGCAAUUUUCUCUCAAGUCCGUCAUUCUCGCUUAAUUGAGUGUUUCGGCUUCUACCAAUGCUUGAAAAAUUGGAAUUUUAUUCUCGAAUACGCCCCCGGUGGGACUUUGGGCCACAAAAUCGACACGUUACAUCGUUCGCCCAACGGCAUGAUGUCCCAAAAUGAUAUUCUGGAUAUUUUCACAGACAUUCUCGUUGGCGUCAAAUACUUGCAUUUUCGUUCGAUAAUUCAUCGUGAUCUCAAGCCCGACAACAUUCUCUUCGAUCAAUUUGGACGUGCGAAAAUUGUCGACUUUGGCAUUUCCAAGAUUUACGAGACCCUGAACAACAGCAACCCCGAAUCGCAUGAAAUGACGAAAAUCGGGACGCCGUUCUACAUGGCGCCGGAAAUAUUGAAUCAUGAAACUUACGAUUUUAAGUGCGAUGUUUGGUCCUUGGGCAUCAUUUUCUUCGAGAUGUGUGAGUUGAGACAUCCAUUUGGUGAAAAAGGGACCUUGGACUGUUUCGAUUUAACGUUGCCUUUUAAAGUUCCUGUUAUCAAUACGAAAAAGCGCCGCCUGCAUCCAGCCAUGAACAAAAUUUGCGAAAUGAUGAUCGUACGUGAGCCCGAAAAACGUGUCGAUUUGCAUCAAAUUGUCAAUCACCACUUGAUUCGGAACAAAUUUUGCACGGUCUUCUUUGAAAAGUGAAAAGUUUUUAUAGCGCGUCAUCAUCAUGAUGGGAAGAAGAAGAAAAAAAGACGAAGAAGAUUGUUGUUUGUGUAUUUAUAAUAAGAGACGUGUGUGUUCUACAUUUUUUUUUUAUUUUAUUUCCCGUACCGAGAGCGAGGCAUGAGUGAGUGCGCGAUGUGAUGUGAGUUAGAAACCAUCAUCGACACCAAUAUAUAAUCACAAACAAUCGUUACUUGCAUAUUAUUAUCAUUAUUACUUAUUAUUUGUAUCAUUACUGUGCCUUCAUAGAGCAUUAUGCCCUCUGUGAUUUGCUCCCAUUUCCUACAUUUUUUCUUCUUUUAAUAUUAGUUCUGCUGUUUUUUUUUCACAUUCAUUGCAUGAAAAAAAGUCGAAA